AUGGGUGUUUUUUCUAGCAAACCGGUCCAACCGGUUGCCAUUCCUUCCGAUACGGUGGUUGAAUUGGGUCCUACAGGCGAUACGAGAAUUCUAAGACCAAUGGUAAUCGACUUCACUUUAUGCUUUGACGAAGUGCUGGACCCGAAACGAUUGCGUGGCUCGUUAGAAGCACUCUUCAACCAUGGAAAUUGGCGAAAGCUUGGGGCUAGGUUGCGACUGAAUGUCCGUACAUACUUCGAAAUGGCUUGGGUGGUGAUAGCUGAUCUGCGGUUUCUUUGCAGGAUAGAGGGAGGCUGGAGUACCACUUCCCAGCCAAGUUUGACGGAGAGCGACCCGCAUUCAGCUACACUCACGUCGAGAUGAGCUGCAAUAUCAAAGAGUACCCUUUGGCUUCUCAGAUCCCCAAAGCGACGCCGGUUCCUACACUGCAACCGGACUGUGCCAUGUUUCGUAGUCUCUCUCGGGAUAGCCAUAGCCCAAAGAGAUUGGAAGACUGGCUAAUCUCCGACAUACCCCAACUCUACAUUCAUAUUGUCUCCCUUUCCGACGCUACCAUGGUCGCCAUGACAGCUAUGCAUACCUUCCUAGAUGCCAAUGCGCGUGUCGAGCUCGUUAAAGCUUGGGUAAUGUCAUUGAAUGGACGACUCAACGAAGUCCCAGAGAUUUAUGGUUUCGACUUCGAUCCUCUCGAAAAGCUAGGCAAAAUGGCAACCGAGGAAUCAGUUCUCGAGCGCCAUCGUACAACCGACUUUGGUCUCUUCUGGUGGCUUGCCAAACUCAUAAUCCAAUCCCUGUUUUGGAAGCAAACUAUCAGAACAAUCUGUAUCUCACCUGCGGCGCUGAAGAAACUCAAAUCACAAGCUCUCACGGAAGUUCAAGCUUUAGAUUCGAAAGCCUUCUUAAGUGACGGAGAUAUAAUUAGUGCAUGGUGGACAAAAUACGCAACUCUCCAUCUCGCCAAAUCGAAGGACAGGACUGUCACCAUUGUGAAUGCAUUUAGCAUGCGUCCUCUUCUCGAAAAGCCAUAUCCAAAUCCUGAUUCUACACCUCUUCUUCCAGAGGGCAAACCUUGCCGUAAGACUCAUUCUAGUGUCUCUUUAUGACCACAUCUGCUUCUGUGCCUGUCUUGAUUCUUCAAAAAUUAGUUUGAAAUGGGCUGCUGACCCCGACAUGUUGCACAGUCGCGUUAUCAUCAGAUGCAAUCUACACACUCAUUCGAGCUCAUGAAAUCCUCGCCAAACCGUUGAGCCACACAGCUCUUGUCAUAAGAAAGUCCAUUCAAGAAUAGAGUACGAGAGCACAAGUUGAAGCAAUGGCGGCUAUGUUACGGAGCAGCAAAGUCCCACUUGUUUAUGGAGGUAGCAAAUCUAGCAUGUUGGUUUUGUCUAAUCGGUCGAAAGCAAAGUUCUACGAUGUUUUUGAUUUCUCAGGGGCUGUUGUGAAGGUGGAUGAACACCUAUCCAAGCCGAUAGAACGUAUUGGUCGGCCUGCUUUCAUAUAUGCUCUAAGUAUAAUUAGCGGUUUGAGCGUUCGGGAUAAUGCCGUGUUCGAGGGACCGGAUGGCAUGGGGAACCUUUGGUUGACAGCGACAAUGGAUGAAGAAAAUUGGGCUGGGGUACAAGAAGCUAUUCAUCGAGAGUGGGAAGAUGCGAAGUAG